UUUCUGUCUUGAGAGAGGAUAAGAAACUGUUUUGCAGCUGUUUAUUCGAAUCAACUUUAUUCAAAAUAGCUAAAGAGGACACACGAAGACAAAUCCGAGCAAGGAGCCGUGUGUAAAAAGGCACACAAAGGUGCACAGGGAAUAACUAAGAUCUAGAGAGAGAGGAGCCAUGAAUCUAAAUGACUUUGUGGUGAUUCCCAACAAGGCCAAGUCAGUCAAGCUCAAUGCCAGGAACCUGCGAGAGCUGCGCAUGGAGACAGUGACGCUGGCCCAGGAGAGUAAAGACAUGGAGGAUCGACUGCAACAACUCAGACAGAGCAUGAGCCGGGAGAAAGAGGAGAGAGAGAGGUCAGGUGGGUUUCGUUGGAAGUCAGGGCAGGCUGGAGCUGUGUAUAACCACAGUGCAAAGAGGAACAAGGAGAGUGGACUCCAAAAGCUGUCAACAGGCAAGGUGAAGAUACUGCUCCUCAAAGAUCAACCUCAGACAGAAGUCUGCAGGGUGGGAGAGAAGGAUACGACUCCAGCUGCUCUCUCAGGUGGUCAGGUGUCCAGCAGGAAGACCAGGCUGAGGGGGAAGGUGUGUGGCCAGUGUGAGGCCAGGGCCGCUGGACUGAUAUGUGCAGAAUGUGGAGAGGACUACUGCGUUGGCUGCUUUGCCAAAUUUCACCAGAAGGGGGUACUGAAGCUCCACAGAAUGAUCCCCAUUCAGACAGAGAUCCAGACCUCGGUGACCUCGCUGGAUGUAGUGAGCCACUUCCAGAGACAGGUCCAGCCCAAGCCUGAUUCCCAGACGGCUGGGAGUGGAGGAGGGGCGAGGGGGCCGGAGAGAAGGACCCAGGCCGCUCCCGCUGUUAAACAUACCCACAAUGCACAGGGAAGCCAGGUUUUAGUUGUGAAUCCCUCGAUGGAGGAGGAAGAGGAGGUUGAUGAACUGGAGGAGGAAGAGGAGAAGGAGAUGCUGGGAGGAGACUACGAUGAGGAGGAGUCAGCUCGCUCCUUUCAGGAGGCACUCAGGCAGUGGAGAGGAGAGAGAAGAGAGGGAGGAGAGAGAAGAGAGGGAGGAGAGAGAAGAGAGGGAGGAGAGAGAAGAGAGGGAGGAGCGAGAGCACAGAGGGGAGAGAGAGGAGAUGCAAUCUGGAGACCCUGCCAAGCCCGGUCAGUGAUGGGGACCCAGGCAGACCUGAGUGACAGUGGGGCUGAGAGAGGACCAGUGAAGGUGGAGUUCACCCAACACAGUCUCAGUUACAUGGACAGACUUCUCAUCAAGAGACACCGCAGGACACCGAUCCAAGCCUAUCAACCGCUGUCCUCCCUGGCCUCAACACACACACACACCUUGGAGGAGGAGUUGACACACACCCUGACAGCUGAGGAUGUGGAGUUGAGGCGGUACUGUGCCUCGCUGUUUGCUGUGUCAUCCUGCGGGGGCAGCGCUGAGCCAGAGCCCUCACCUGGAUCGUGUCUGAGCAUAGAGGAGUUAGAUGACACAGUUGAAGACGGAGGCUUUUUUACUGAGCAGAACUCAGAAGACAACACAAAGCAAGAGGAAAACAAUGUAAUUGGAGGUCCUAACCUAUCCCACAAUGCAUUGUCACAGGGAGCCAUGUUGUCUGGGUCUCCAGUGACCCGGUCACCUCGCCCUGCAUUGGUCUCUAAAGCAGGGACCGUACAGAUACCACAACCUGACCACACUACUGAACGGUCACCAAGGUCCACCACUGGGUCACCACAGCCCAGAGGACCAGAGACCCCUAGGUCAUCAACCAAGACACCAGCCAAGUCAACACAAACUGACCGCUCUUACAACCUCCAUCAGUCAACUCUGGACCCCUCGUCCCCCAGCCCUUCUCCCGCUACACCCAACCCAGACCUCUUAUCUGCAGGGCCCCCAUCCUCUCUGUCUCCCUCUCCACCUGCUCUCCACUCUCUCAGGUCCACAUUCACUCUCUCACCAGAGCCAGAGUCACCUCUGUUACCUAGAAGUCCCCGGGCCUCCAGGUUUAUUUACCCCUCCUCACCUCCCGUACACCUGCCUGACAGGUUGUCACCUCCAAAACCUCUGUCCCUGAGGUCUCAGUCAUCGCCGUCACCAUCAGAACCCUUAAUGUCCACAUUGCCAUACUCUCAGUCACCUAGCAAACUAUUAUCUAGCAAGUCAGAAAGGACCAAGUUACCCCUGAACCCUCUCUCUAGCCUGUCACCAGGAAGCCCUGUGUCCUAUAGGUCACCUCCGAAACCGUUAUCCACCACGUCACCAUCAACACCAUCACCUCCAGAUGCUCUAUCCUCUAGGAACGUGUCAACUCCGUCACCUGAGGACUCUGUAUCUCCUGUGUCAUCUCCACAUCCUCUCACAGCCCGUCUGUCCUCUAGAUAUGUGUCAUCUCCAUCACAAGAGGAACCCCUAUCCACCAGGCCCCAUACCACCCAUUCAUACACAGAAGUCCAGUCAGCCAUGUCACCCCACCCCUCUCCUUCUCCUUCCCUGAUGAGUGAUCCACUUCAUCUGCCUUUGACCCAGUCACCACCACACUCCUCCGACUCACUGAGAAACUACAGCUCCCAGGAGACACCACGGCUGCUCUCAGAGUCAGGGAUCAGAAAGUCACACAGUCCCGCCCUCUUUCCCAGCAUGCCUGCAACAGAUUUUGACAUGGAGUCAUCCAGUGACAGCCUGGGACUGACACCCCGCGAGGAAGAAUCCUCAGACGAGGAGAUGAAGACGAAUGGAUGUUUAGAGGAGUGGAGGGGUAGUGCGGAGGACAGAUGCUCCACCCUUCUCCCAGAGGGUUCCCCUGUCUUCCUAACAGCCCUGCACCCAGAACCAGAGACAGGAGAGCUUGUCCCAGAACCAUCCAUGGCCCUGCGUGUGCUGGCCCAGAGAGAGCAGACCCAGGCGGGGAGCUUCUGUGGCUUGGAGGGGUUCCUCAUGCUGGGUCUGGUGGACCUUAGUUCUCCACAGCCCAGCCCACGACCCACACACUCUCACCCAGACACACAGGACAAUGCACACAUGCUCACCACAGGGGCAGACAGCUGGAUGCCUAGUAGCAGCUUCAGAGGCUGUGCUGAGGAACACCUGGUUAGCACGGUGAUGAUGAACAGCCACAGCCAGUCAAUCAGCUGCCACAGUCACGUAGCCACACCCACCCGGAGAGGAGCAUCCUCUGGUCAUGGGCUGUAUACAUCUGGUAGAUCUACUCCAAGGCUGUCCUCCCGUCCUACCAGUGCUGUGUCUCGCCCUGUCUCUGGCACCAUGUCCCAACCCGUCUCCCGUCCUCUGUCUCGGGCGGCUCAGGAGAUCCUGGACAUCUGUCUAGUGGACCAGACGGGCUGUGAGGACCCUGACCUGGAGCAGGACGUAGACACACGGGCUCUCAGCAGCCUGGCGGAGGAGUUCAGACUGAUGGCUACAGAUUCAGAUCUGCCCCAGGUGUCCCCCUCUCCGGGGGGCGGAGCUGAAACAGAGGGGCAUGUCAGGAGGCGGGGCUCCCUCCGGCUCGGAGCCAGGGAGUGUCAUUCAGACGAGGAGGAGGACACUCUGAGAGACCAGCAGAGUGUCCUGUCACUUCCCUGACCCAUCAUACACUCAACAUGGUAACACACACACACACUCAACAUGGUAAUACACACACACACAGGACACACACACACUUCUCAGAUCACACUCCAACAGACCUUCCAGAGUAAAGCAGCUUGGGCCAGUAUGCUGAGUACAGCCUGGUCUGCACACUGUACCGGAUGGGCUGAACCCUCAUCAUACAGGUCUUCAGUUCCUCUAAUACAGGAUGGGCUGAACACUCACUAUACAGGCCUUCAGUUCCUCUGGUACCGGAUGGGCUGAACACUCACUAUACAGGCCUUCAGUUCCUCUGGUACCGGAUGGGCUGAACACUCACUAUACAGGCCUUCAGUUCCUCUGGUACCGGAUGGGCUGAACACUCACUAUACAGGCCUUCAGUUCCUCUGGUACCGGAUGGGCUGAACACUCACUAUACAGGCCUUCAGUUCCUCUGGUACCGGAUGGGCUGAACACUCACUAUACAGGCCUUCAGUUCCUCUGGUACCGGAUGGGCUGAACACUCACUAUACAGGCCUUCAGUUCCUCUGGUACCGGAUGGGCUGAACACUCACUAUACAGGCCUUCAGUUCCUCUGGUACCGGAUGGGCUGAACACUCACUAUACAGGCCUUCAGUUCCUCUGGUACCGGAUGGGCUGAACACUCACUAUACAGGCCUUCAGUUCCUCUGGUACCGGAUGGGCUGAACACUCACUAUACAGGCCUUCAGUUCCUCUGGUACCGGAUGGGCUGAACACUCACUAUACAGGCCUUCAGUUCCUCUGGUACCGGAUGGGCUGAACACUCACUAUACAGGCCUUCAGUUCCUCUGGUACCGGAUGGGCUGAACACUCACUAUACAGGCCUUCAGUUCCUCUGGUACCGGAUGGGCUGAACCCUCAUCAUUCAGGUCUUCAGUUCCUCUGGUACCGGAUGGGCUGAACCCUCAUCAUUCAGGUCUUCAGUUCCUCUGCUUUUCUACUGAACACCAACUUUAUACCUUUAUUUUACAGAUCACAUAAGAUCAACAGAAAGACAGAUGUUGCUGUCAUACUAUAUGUCACUACUUGUUGUAAUAGUCUUCUGUUGAGAGUUGUAUGUAAUUCAAAUGCUGUGAUGCUUGAGAUAACAUGGUUCAUCUGGGAUGCUAAUUUGAUAGGACAUUUUAUUUGUAAUCCUUUUGUUCAGAAAGGUUGAAUAUGAUGAUGUGCAGUGCUGUGGUAUUGUAAUAAAACGUUGAAUCAAGA